AUGUACAAAGAUUCGGCGAUUGAAAACGCUGUGCGGGCGGGAAAUUGGCGCAACGCUCUGAGUUUGGUUUCCAAGAAAAUCAAGGCGUAUCCCAAUAGCUCUUAUUUUUAUGCUCUAGAGGCCGAGAUCCUGGCGUUGUCGGGGAAAAGACAGGAAGCCGAAUCCAAGGCUGAUCAUUUAUUGGAGAAACUCCCUAGUGAUCCGGACGCGUUGAAACUUCUUGCAAACGUUUAUGAUCUAUGUGAGGUGCAACAGGAUGUGUUCGACAAGGUUUGCAAAAAAUAUCCCUCUGUGGAUCUAGUUUACGAAUAUUUCACCUUCAGUGUGGCCAGAGGAGAUAUUUUGGGCAUGCAGAAGGCAUCAAUGCUUCUAACAAGGGCCGUUGCAACUGCAAAGCAGUCUGUGGAUACUCAACUGUUCAAAUUCUGGGCCGCAACAUGUCUGAUGCUCACCUGUCGCUGCUGUACCUUGGCUGCUUCGAUGCAAAAGCUGUACCCGCAAUUGGGUGUCAGAUUGAUGGAACAGGUUGGACUUCAAACAGCACAGCACGUCUAUGUUUACGUUCGUCUGCUACAGCUUGCGGGAAGAGAUGAUGAAAGCGUUAGGUUUAUGGAAAACUUUCUUGCCAAGGAGAACGACUUGGAGCUCAAGAUUAUUUAUUUGGAAACAUUGGACAAAAUGAACGAGCCAGAAGAACUUUUUAGAGCUUGCAAAAACUACCUAGUUCAUCUCAAUGAGGACGACUGGGAUACGUGGAAGCUGCUCAUAAAAGCUGCCAAAGCAACUGACAAGCUUGACGAGUGCAGAGAACUAAUUACUUCCUACGCCUCCCGUAACACCAAGCUCGCGGCUGUUGAGCUUCACGAGCCUUGCGCAAUUGAAGAAUAUUUCCAUGAUUACGGAGCAAAGCUUUGUUGCUUCACUGAUUUGAAACCCUAUGUCCCAAAAGGCAUCUUCAAGGAACCAUAUUUGAAGAAUAGAUAUGAUGCAUUUGUGGCUCUGAAGAAGCCAACACUCGACCACGUGAUAAGUGCGGUCAACAUCAUGAAGUUCAGGGCUUUGGAUUCUAGAGAAAAACAGUUCGUCGCCGAUUGCUGUAUGCUGUACAAUAAAACAAAGUACCAUCUAGAGUGUCUCGAAGAAUUUGAUUAUUUCCCUGGAUAUGAAUUCUUGAUUCUCGCCAUGGAGGCAUCGAUAGAACACUCAGAUUUUGGCUUGGAACUGAUUUAUUCGUUGAUUGUGAUUUUGGAGGAGGCUCUAGUGAAAAACAAAUACGAAUUCCAUUUGAAGCUCUGGCUGAUGAGACUGUACACAAUUGCUAAUCUUCAGCCUGCUGCAGACGAGCUUUAUAGGUCUCUGAAAAUCAAGUUUGUUCAGCACGACACACUCUCCUAUAUCAUCGGCACGAGACGGUCGAUAGGAGCUGGUCCUUUGGUGGAGGUGGCUAGGUUUUACACCCAAAACGUUCAGAGAGAGAUACCUCAUAUGAUAAUCAGCGGAUUCCAAAGUACGGCUAUGAACAAACUCCAAGGUUUUAUGGAACUUUACAACAGGCUCAACACUUCCUUUGGCAAACUAUCUACUUCUGUGGAGCUUAUCAGAGCAUACAGGCUCAAAGACGACCAAAAGAGCAUUGAGGAACAGGUUUCUGUGCUGCGUAGUCUUCGUGAUCAAGAAAUUAGCGACAACAGAGACUUCAAAACAUUCUGGGACUGUGGUGUUCACGAGCGUCUGGCGGAGGUGGACAGCAAACUGCCGCAGUACUAUAAUGGCGCUCACUUACGGCUUCUUGUGCUCAGAGAGCUUCUCAUUUACGAUCCUGAGUCGCGCAAGACGAACGAAAGGAAGAAGGAACUGCUGGAGCUCUAUGCCAAAGUGCAGCUGUCUGAAAUCGAAAAAUGGAGCUUCUCGGUCCUGAUCCAGCAUUUCGAGAACACAGAGCCACUGCCCUUGCCUCCGAAGCCGGAUACAAUGCUUUCCUCGGAGUUCAACUACUACCACGCCGUGAUAUUCGACACCUACAAGCAAGUUGCAUUUCUUAGAGGAAAUACUAAGGAUCUCAAGUCAAUCUUGACAACGCUGCGCAAUGAAAAUAGAGAGUACAAAUCGAUGGCCAGAAAACAGCUUGAAGAUGUGAGGAAAAAAGUCAAGGUAUGCUUGAAAAACAAUUUCAAAGAGCUUGACAUCACAUCUGGAUAG